GAUUUAUGGUGAAACUUUGUCUCCUUUUUCUUCAUUACAGAAAGCGGCUACAUCGAUCAGGAUGGUCUGAACAGAUUCUUCAAAGACUACUUGGAAAUGAUCACCGACAAAUCCACAAAGAUCACACAGGACUUAAUCGAUGACGUCAAGUCAUGCUACAUGGGAGCUUAUGACGAAACACAAGAUGGACGUUUCCAUGUAUCCGAGCUAGCAGAGAUUUUACCGACCGAUGAAAACUUCUUGGUGAUCUUCAGGAAAAAUGAGAACAUCACGGAUAGCAGAGACCUGUUGAAGAUUUGGAAGAAGUAUGACACAAACUCCAGCGGCUACAUAGAACAGUCUCAAUUAAAAUCGUUCAUUCGUGAUCUGUGCCAUGGCAAGAAGGAAGUUGAUGAGAAGAAGUUAGAUGAGUACGCCGAAGCAACGCUCAAGAUUUGUGACAGGAAUAACGAUGGUCGACUUGGUUUACGAGAGAUGUCAAAGUUGUUGAACAUCAAAUCAGAAACGAAUUUCUUGAGCCAAUUUGACGAGAAAGUAAAGAACAUGUCAGAGAAGGAGAAGAGACGUCACAUCAACAGGGUCUUUCAACAUUACGCACAGGAUGGGGGUAACGAGCUAGAAGGAGAGCGGCUUGAUGCGUUCAUCUCGGAUCUCAUGGAUACGGAUUCUGACAUGGACAUGUCUCAACUGGAGUUAUCCAAGAAAUCCAUCUUAAAUUUCUUUGACAUCAAUCGAGACGGCAAGAUCAACUUGGAGGAGCUGGCCAUGUGUCUCAACGUCUACAAGGGUCUCUAAGCUUGUGGUACAGCGUUCAAGUUGAAUUCCAAAGAUCGCCUCAUUUCUUUCACACCUACCCCUGAAAAGAAACCCCCAAACUUGCCUGAUAUAUCAUCAAUCAACGUGCAAUUCUUACGUUAAACGGUAAUCUGCCUAUUCACACAUUCACAGUGCAAUUCUCAGCAGCGUCAAAUGUGUUAAAAACAUGAUUAUUUACCAGAGAAUAAUCAUCUUUUGCAGGCUAAAAUAACACUGAAUCCUAUUUAUUCAUACAUUCACAAAGUUAUUCAUAGUGUAGAAAAUGUUCAAAACGUAAUUAUCAUAAAUUAUUGGAUAAUUAUAAAUCCAUAUCAAGCUAAACGUUCUCAUUUAGAAGAAUGUGAAUGCUAAAGGUACAAUUAUACACUUCCCUAGACACAACCGGUAAAGCACAUGUUACAAAGUUAAUAAGUACUUUGUAAGAAUAAUAAAAAGAAAGAACAACCAGAAGAAUUGUAUAUGAUAAAAAUUCUGUCUAUUCGGGAUUGAGAACGAUUUUGUUUUUAUUCAUAGAUUUAGUUAUUGAUACUUCAAAAGCUUGUUAAUCAGAUUUGAAUUAAAAAAAAAGAAGAUGUCUUUACAUUUCACACUGUCAUUCCGGAAUAUAUCGGUGGGAUAUAUUAAAACAUUUUCAAAAGUGCAGAAUAAUAAUAUGAAUGCGAUUAGUAAGAAGAAGAAAAAAGGUACGAAAAUUACAAAAGAUGCGAGCUAGUUGCGUGAGAUAUAAUUAUGUUGCAUCUUCUUAAAAACGAUUCACGACGGACUUCUUUUUGUUAACCCUAUAUCCAAAUUCUGACGCACAAUAUUUUGAAAUGUAUAGUUAUAUCACAAGCCAACAGUAGGCACUAUUGAAAUUCAUGUCACGACACACACACACGUCUAUUCUGUCAUACGAUGAACUGUUUAUUGUUAUGAUCACUGUGCCUCAACCAUCAUGUGAUUAAAAGUUUUGAUUUACUUGAUGUCACUUGUACCAUGAUGUGAAGAAGAAAAAAAAACAAAUAUAUAAACAUUACAUGUACAUUUUAAGUUUUGAGAAUCGCCCUUAAUAUGCAGUAUCAUUUAAAUGCAGAGUAUUGUGAUAAAAGCUCCAUUAAUAGCGAAAAAUUUAUAGAUGAUUUGCCAAGUACGCAUUUUUAGAAAUGAAGACACUUAUAAAUAAUCGUGUUUUUAUCGUUGAAAUGAAAAUAAAUAAUUCCAAGAAAUAAUAUUUAGGUUAUAUCGUAACAGUUAUGUAGGAUAAAUUUGUGUUGUCAUUGUGCAAUUUCUGAUGAUAAAUCACAACGUCACAAAAAGCGGCCUUCUGACUUUUUUGUUUUGUUAAACGUCUCCAUGCCAGUAUAAUUAGCAGGCUUGGACAUUGUGCUUUGAGUAUUACGUAAUGUCUUUAAAAAAGUGUAGCGUACCACAUAAUAUUUAGGAGAAUGCGUAUGUAAAAAAAUUAGAAUUUACACAACGUGUUAUCGUUAAACAUUUGUUUAUUCUUUAACGAAUGAACUUUAUGAGGUAGAGAGAAUGGUAGAAAUGUAUGUUUCAGUAGACAUUGAUAUUACAUUCCAUCAUUUUUCACUCUGAUGUAAAUGAUAAUUUAUUUGAUAUCUUUGAAUAAGAUUGGACUUCGGAUGAAUAUUAUGUAUUUGCAUUUAAUAUAAUGUAUAUUAUGAAACAUUCAUGCUAUUAUCGAUAUCUUGUCUUUAUUGAUGUGCCGAUACGUGUAUUAUAUAUUUAUGACAUUUUAAUGAUGUUUACCAACUAUUGUGAAUUAUAGAUCAACAAACACAAACGUGAGAGUCUACGUCACGAGGUAGAAAAAUAUAUUGCGGCGAUUGUUGUGUUCUGGAACAUAGUAUACUGCUGUCAGAAUAAAUAUUGAGAAAAGUAUUUAUGGAAAGCUAACUUGAGGGUAAUGUUCUGAUUGACCCGGCACAUCGAGUCAGGGCAAACGGUUUUACAUGUACAGAGUAUUAAAUGUGAACAAACUAAUUAUUUCUUUAUCUUGGUUGAUGAAUAUAUUAUGAAACAAACAAGGUAUAUAGGAGAGUAACAUUAUUGCAGCCGGAACAGAAAUACAUGUAAUUAGAACUAACUAUGUAGGCUGUGUAGCUGUUAGAAAUGUGUAAUCUGUGCAUCUUUUUGUAAUCAUUCUGUUGGCUUCUUUUUGUCAAAUUGUGUGAACGAAUAAAAGGUCAAAGCCAGUGAG